CUGUCAGCGAGCGGCAUAGCAGGCAGACGAGGAAAGCAACUGAGGUGAACGGACGCGUCUUCCCUCAUUCUAAGCCUAGAUGGUUCUAUGAAGAAACCAUCUCCAUCAGAAAAAAACGGGAUAUUAACACCGCUGUAUCUGAGAUCAAGACCCUCCCCCUUAAAACUUUGUUGUCAAUAACUCCUGGCGCUCACACUCACAAUGCAUAUGUGGGACACCUACAGCCUCUGAUACCUGCUAAUCAGAUUAUGAGGAUUUGCCAUUACUGUGUCAAUGACGGGUAAAAUGGAAACACCCUUCUAUCACGAUGACACACCGAACGUGCCAAACUUUGGGCAGAUGCCAGAUUACGAACGGUAUCAGACCCACAAGAUGAUGAGCAAAAAGAACAUGGCGGCGCACCACUUCCAAGGGGUGGUGGGAAGCCCGUCGGGUCUGAAAAUGCUCCAGGGUCAGCCGGGCAGCAACGGCAACCUGAACCCAAACAGCCUGGGGAUUAACAGCAAUGCCAACAGUGCCCUGAUGGCGGCGGCGGCGGCACACCAAGACAUGAACCUUCUCAAGCUCUCGUCGCCGGAGCUGGAGCAGCUCAUCAUCCACACCAACCAGGGCCUGGUGACCACCAGCCCGGCGCCCAACGCCUCGGGCAACCCCUUCAUGUACCGCAACCAGGCCACCAACGAGCAGGAGGGCUUCGCCGACGGCUUCGUCAAGGCGCUGGCGGAGCUCCACAAGCAGAACCAGCUGGUGGGGGCGCCCAUGUCGCCCUCCUCGUCCAUCCAGGGCACCUACCAGCGGAUGGCCAUGUCCGGCGGCGACAUGCCCAUCUACACCAACCUGAGCAGCUACAACCCCAACGCGCUGACCGUCUCGUCCUCGUACCCCGGCGGGCAGCUCCCGUACCCGUCGGUGGCGCACGGCGGCGGCGGGCCCUCGGGACAUCACGGCGGCGGCGGGCACGGCGGCGGGCAUCACGGCGGGCACCACCCGCACGGCCGGGGGCACAUGGACGCGCCGCAGACGGUGCCCGAGGUGCCGCACCCGCCCGGCGCCGACCCGGCCAACUCGCCGCCGUCGCUCUCGCCCAUCGACCUGGAGACGCAGGAGCGCAUCAAGGCCGAGCGCAAGAAGCUGCGCAACCGCAUCGCCGCCUCCAAGUGCCGCAAGCGCAAGCUGGAGCGCAUCUCGCGGCUGGAGGAGAAGGUGAAGGUGCUCAAGACCCAGAACUCGGACCUGGCCUCCACCGCCAGCAUCCUGCGGGAGCAGGUGGCCCAGCUCAAACAGAAAGUCAUGAAUCACGUCACCAAUGGCUGCCAGAUAGCAGUCAGCGCCGCCAGCAUGGCCAAGAGUGGGGAGAGCACCAGCUGCUGAAAACAAUGGAGACAAGGUUUCUCUCUCUCUCUCUCUCUCACUCUCUCUCUCUGUCUUUCUCUCUCUCUCUCUAACUCACUCACUCACUCGGUCAGUCACUGAGACGCCCGCUCGCUCUCAGUCUAGCUGGUUGCUCGGUCGUUUUGUCGUUCUCUCUUUCUCUUUUCUCUCGGUCGCGGUUUGACUCAGCGGUGUGGAGAAAUGACAGGGUAAACAGUGAUUAGUGAUGGUAACGGAGGUGAUACUGCUGAGAGGUGCAAGAGAGGGGGAACCCCUCUUGGUGCCGAUGCCUUGCCGAGACGAAAAGAAGAAGUGGAGAGGAGAGAGAGAGGGGGAUGGAGGGAGGGACAGGGGGAUGGAAAGAGAGAGAGAGAGAGAGAUCCUCCAAGGAACAUUUCAGGACACUUUGACUCCUGGGCCCCUGGCAAAUGAAUCAUUGGAAACACAGAAGACACUCCUUGAAAAUACAGGAGAGCUGCGGCAAUGCCACCCAAAAGAGAUGGUAUGGUUCAAAGGGAAACGUCCUACCCACACACACACACACACACACACACACACACACACACACACACGCACACACACACGCACGCCUCUAAGAUAAGGGUGAGGAGUGUGCUCUAUUUGCUUUAUUGAAUGGCACUUUGCACUCGUUCAGGUUAGCUGGAGGCACCCAGGCACAGGUGAGACCGGGCCAGGAUCACCUCACCACAGCCCUGAGGAAUAUCACAGCCAGCCACACACACACACACACACACACACACACACACACACACACACACACACACAGCCGGGCCUGCACCUCUGAAUGACGCAGUCUAUUCAAACAUUGUGGAUUCACUGUGGGACACGGAGAGUUGACUCAGAGUGGGGAUUCCUCACACACACAAAAAAAUAAUAAUAAUCGCCCCCUCCAGGACCCUCGGGAGACUUUUUCAACCCCGGCAGUGAAUCAACACACUCGCUGCAUCUCUGUACGGGAGAAGAUACGGGAGGGGGGAAAUGGCUGGGUUUUUUUUUUUUUUUUUACUCGGAGUUUCCUUUCAUGUUCAGUUUUUUGGUCAGCUAUACAAUGAGUUGCUGGGUAAAACGUGUGCUUAAUUUACAUUUGAAAUUAUAUGCACUAGAGUCGUGGAGUUGACUUUUAAGACAUUUCAAAGUGACCAGCAACAGAAAAGGCUUUGUGGGUGUAGUACAAAACUGAAGUUUGUCUGGCACCUCCGGCUGUAGAUGUUGCAAUGGAAGCUUCAGGUAUUAGAACUUGGUCAAAAUAUACCCACGUUAACUGAGUUAGUUGGCUGUGUCGUGAUGUAGUUAUCAGUGCAGAUUCUUCUAUUUUUGUCUAAGUCAUCAUGUCUCAACGAUUCAAUGGAGCAUAUUGUUAGUAUGUUUGUUUGUUUUACUAUUGUGCAAUUUGUGAAUAUUGACAAAAAAUGACCUUUUUACGACAAAAGUGGAACUUUCAACUUUUUAAAUGUGUACUAAAUGACUGUGUUUAUUUUGAGAUUUAGAGUAGUUUUGAAAAAAGAGAGAGCAUAUUUAAACUAAAUAAAUCUGUACGGCCUGGACUUUAUAACUGUGCAAACACAGAGCACUA